UCAAAAUAAGUGUUUUGUACAUGUUCUUUUGCAACAGCUUUCACCUUACAAUCUUAGAUGAUUGUAAGCCAAUCAGAUGGUGUUCUGUAUACAAAGGCGUUCCUAUUGUUGUAUAAGCUUGUCAAUUCCAUCGUGUUAGCGCCAUAAACGAUAUAAAAACCCUUGCGACUGCUAGCUCGUUCACUAUUCUCUUGAACAGCUCCCAGCGACGGUGGUUUAUACUCUCUUGGUAGCUAGAAGAGACAGAAUUCAUACUUUAAAAGGUCRGCAUGGCUCGUCUUCUUGUUCUUGUUGCUUUAAUGGCGAUUCUUACGCCAGUGGUAUCCGACAUGGAAUUCGGAUCUGGCACRUUUGUGAUUYUAUCRCCAAAUGAAUUUGCAUGUAAAUCAUUUGGUUUCGCAAAACCCUUCACGGCUUCAGAGCUUCCUACCGCGCAUGUGCAGACAGCAAUCUUCAAUAACGACACGGCUUUAACAUACGAAGCGACAGUAAGCUGGGUUGAACAAAUCACUGAGAAUGGUUUUACAGCAUGUAUUGAGACAGCAGGACCAGUWAGUGUGUCUCGUACAGUCCAGGUACAAUGGAUGUCUUAUGCUGGGUCGCCUAAAGGUGGUUUGGCAGGUUCGACGAGUGUUCAUUUAUUCACAACGGGAACUGAAUGCACUGACAUUGAUUUGGUUGGAAAGGUCUUUGCCGCAGCUCCACACAUUUACGUGACAGCAGUCCAUACGUCAAGCUUYAAGAAUAACCACGACGCAAUGAGCGUUUGGGCCGAGGGUGCUACAMGRUACUCGUUCAAAGCAUGCCURAGAGAAUUGAAGAGUUUCGAUGGAAUCCAUGACAAAAUUGACAUCGACUGGCUUGCACUUGAAGGUGUACCUACAGGUUGGAAUGCUCCUUUUGGAACAGUUUACGAAAUGAAAAACACCGCAACUCUYGAUAUCUCGACGCGUUACAGCUUUUGUGAGGAUAUCAGUUUUGGCGAGAAGUUUUACGCCCCACCUGUCAUGAUUACUUCAGCAUUGCACUUCUACGACCAGAAGAAAAACCCGAAGUCUAUCAACCCUGACCACAAUGCCAUUACAGAAUGGAUUGAAAGUGUCUCAAUUAAUAGCUUUAAAGUAUGUAUGAAAGACAUUCAGCCAUAUGAUGGACAUCACGAUCCCGUUCACAUUGAAUACUUGGCUUUAGGAGAUCUUGAUCCUUGUAUCGGUGUCUCGUGUGAUUUCUAUGCCACGUGCAAAGCUUUUGGACCUAAAGAUGCUAGAUGCGUAUGUCCAGAAUCCUGUCCCGACUUCGAAGACCAAAAAUGUGGAAGUGACAACGUAACUUAUGCCAACAUGUGCGAAUUGAAGAAAGCUGUCUGUAACCAAAGAAAAAUGAUUACUGUUGUUCACGAUGGACCUUGCUUUCCCUUCAUCCUUCACCGUGGACGAGCCCAAAUCUUCCUGGACACCGAUGUUGUCAAAUGUAAAACUGUUACCUACGCGAAGCAGAACUUCMUGGCUGGUUACAAAGUCCAUGUCCAGGCAACGAUUAAUUAUUAUAAUUCUGAUAUCAAUGCCUCUUUCAUCCAUGAUGCCGCUGUGGUCUGGACAGARAAYRUCAAYAUCAACAACUUCACCACUUGUGCUCUGAAGGCUGGUAGAAAUGACCGAUCAACUCCCGACCAGGGGUCUACAUAUAUUGAUUAUAUUGCUUACCAGGGGUCCCCUKCGGGAGCUGUGGCUGGUGUCGAGGUUCUUGGCAACUGGUGGGACGGAACUACGUGUAAAUCUGUCAAUCUACCAAGUGAUAAAUUUGCAAACAAGCCUUACGUUGUGGCAUCUGCGCAGCAUGGCGUCUUGGRACAGAAGCAUGACGCAGCGACCACGUGGGUUGAAGACGUCACUAGUACGUCAUUUAGAGUUUGUCUUCGUGAGUUGCAAAACUUCGAUGGACUUCACCAAAAAGUCAAAGUGAACUGGUUAGCGUACGAGACACUUCCGAGUGCAAUUCCUUCCGAACGACAAUCGAUUAGUUUCCCGAAUGACUACCUACCACACGCUGGUCACAAUAACGCUUUCUGCAAGACGACAUCGUUCAACAAGGCAUACACUAAACCACCUACGGUUAUCGUUACGCCAGGACACACAACAGGUGUAGGUGCAAUCAUGCCGGAUUACAACAGCAUCGCGGCCUGGGUCGAGCACAUUGGCAAUUCCGCUGCGCGUAUCUGUAUCAAAGAACUUCACAGUCCCAAUGGGUACGAUCCCGUCCAGCUAACGUCCUUAAUCAUAGGUUCUUGAGACGAAUAGAGAUUAUAUUUGAUGGACAACGCCCAAGGCUUUGGACAGUAACAAAGUAUUAUUUAAUAUAUUGAUAUAUUUCUAAUGGAUAAAGUAUAUUGACUAUAAUAAAAUGUUUUAUUGCUAA